GAGCGCGCCCGGCUCGGCGCCCGCUGCCGCCGCCCGGGUGGGCGCUCGAUCCCGGACGGGGGAGGAGGGCGGGCGAGCGCUAGUGUGUGUGUCUCUCUCGAGUCAUUUACGGCGGAGCAGCCGGCGCGAUCGCCGAGGAGGCGGCGGCGGCUGCUUCGUGCAACUGUGGCUCCCCCACUCCGCCCCACCUCCUCUUCCUUUUUGCUCCUUGAUUUUUCUUCUCCCCCCGCCCCCCCAACAUUCGUCCAUGGGGAGCCGGCCCUCCUGCCGGCACCUCCUCUCCGCUUGGCCCGGUAGGCACCAGCUGCCGCCUCCCCGGCCGCGGGCUGCGCCGGCGCCCGAUGCCCUGGCCCCUGGCGUGGCGCCCGAGUCUCGCCGCCCGCAGCCCAGCCUGGCGCGGCGCUCAGCUCACCCAAACUGACUCGGCGAGAGGGAGAGAGAGCGCGAGCGGAUGCCCGGCUGCACCGAGACCUCGCGCGUCCGGGGGCAGGGCGGGGGCGGCGGGGAGAAGGAGGCGUCGGAGACUCUGAACCCCGGAAAAGUUCAAGGUUUGUGCAGGCUCCCCCGGGGAAGGCGAGGAGCGCGGCGGAGCAGCGCGCCCCUCGGCUGAGACAGCGAGACCCGGGAGGAGAGGGAGGCGACCCGGGGUUGCCGCGGGUUGGCCGAGCCCCUCUCCAUCCCACUACGCUCGCGGCCAAGAGGCUGGAGUCGGCGCCCGAGGCAGGAAAGGCUGGGCUCGGGCACUGUAGCCCGCCUUCCUGCUCCGUAGCUUCUCCAAACCCCAUCUCCAUGGGGCAGCUCGUUCCGGCUGCCCCACCCUCGCCCCAGCCGCGGUGCCGCUGCCCGGGCAGGCGGCGCUGAGCCUGCCUGUGUGGAGCCCGGGCCCUGGUCGAGACUGGAGGGAGCGCCAAGCAAGGGAGCUCGGCGAGGGGACCAGCCGCUGGCCGCCCACCCCGGGGUCCUCGGUGCGGGCGUUGUCUAGGGUCGUGGCGACCCGCGCUGCCGGUCUCAGCACUGCACGGAAACUUUUCCUUCUCUAGAUGGAUUAAAGUUGCUUGGAUUUUCUCUUUCAUUGCGAAAGAAAUUAUUCAUUUGCGCCUAACCUGGGAUUUUUAUGCUGGAGCUGCUGCUGCUGUUGCAGGCUGUUCGGGAGGAAGAAAGCCGCGCUAUCCAUGUGGGGUUACUACCGAAGCCGAGGAAACUGGGACUUGCUUUGGAAAUCUACACCCUCCAGCUAGUUCGGAUUCGAGCUGGGCCGCGGGGCUGGGGAAACGGACACUGGGCUCUCGGCAAGCCUGCGAGACGCUAGUGGCCACCCGGCCCGGGGACCGCACGUGCGACUCCCCCCCUACUAGCCGCACUGAUCCUGCAGGGGGCACCAGACGGGGGGAGUUAGAGGCUCCUCCCGCCCCGAGCGGCGCCCCCACCAGUUCCGAGGGUGUAGCCGGCGGCGCCUGGGACGCCCCCUCCCCUCAAAGUGCCCCCGAAUUGCACUCCCUGGCCCCGGGAGCCUCAGCAGAAACAGCCGGACGCCCACGGCCACCUGAAGUUGGAUGUGACCAAGCCCAGCCUGGGACCAAGUCGUCGUCGACCGCUGCCCCCUGCCGCCCCCUCCUCGGCCGGCCAUGGCCCCAGGGAUGCCGGGCCGCGGCGGCGCCGCCCUGCUCUGCCUCUCGGCGCUGCUCGCCCACGCCUCUGGCCGCUCCCACCCGGCCAGCCCCAGUCCGCCAGGGCCCCAGGCCAGCCCGGUGCUGCCGAUCAGCUACCGCCUGUCGCACACGCGACUGGCCUUCUUCCUGCGCGAGGCGCGGCCCCCGCCGCCCACGGUGGCCAACGGCUCCCUGCAGCGCUCCGAGCCCUUCGUGGUGUUCCAGACCAAGGAGCUGCCCGUCCUCAACGUCUCCCUGGGGCCCUUCAGCACCAGCCAGGUGGUGGCCCGGGAGCUCCUGCAGCCGUCCAGCACUCUGGACAUCCCCGAGCGCCUGACGGUCAGCUGGAAGGUGCGCGCCUUCAUCGUCCACCCGCGCGUGCCCGCCUCGCAGCCCGUGGCCCAGGUGCUGUUCUACGUGGCCGGCCGCGACUGGGAUGACUUCGGCGUCACCGAGCGGCUGCCCUGCGUCCGUCUGCACGCCUUCCGCGACGCCCGGGAGGUCAAGAGCUCCUGCCGCCUCAGCGGGGGUCUGGCCACCUGUCUCGUGCGGGCCGAGCUGCCCCUGGCCUGGUUCGGGCCCCCAGCUCCGGCCGCGCCGCCCAGCGCCCGCCGCAAGUCUCCGGAUGGGCUGGAGCCCGAGGCGACCGGGGAGAGUCAGCAAGCCGAGCUCUACUACACGCUUCAUGCCCCCGAUGCAUCGGGGGGGUGUGGGGGGACCCGCCGGGGCGCCGGACCCGGAGCGGGGGCGCGGGCCGAGAGCCCCACCCAGCACCCGCUGCUGCGCAUCGGAAGCAUCAGCCUGUUCCGCCCGCCCCCCAGGAGGACCCUUCAGGAGCACAGGCUGGACAGCAACCUGAUGAUCCGGCUGCCGGACCGGCCCCUCAAGCCGGGCGAGGUGCUCAGCAUCGUCCUCUACCUGGCCCCCAACUCCUCCUCUCCCUCCAGCCCCGGCCUGGAGCACUUCACUCUGAGGGUGAAGGCCAAGAAGGGUGUGACCCUUCUAGGAACCAAGUCACGGAGUGGCCAAUGGCACGUGACCUCAGAGCUGCUGACUGGGGCCAAGCAUUCAACAGCCACCGUGGAUGUGUCCUGGGCCCAGGGCACACCGCUGCCCCCCUGGGAGGGCCAGGGGCCCCUGGAGAUUCUGCAGCUGGACUUUGAGAUGGAGAAUUUCACCAGCCAGUCAGUCAAGCGCAGGAUCAUGUGGCACAUUGACUACCGGGGCCACGGAGCCCUGCCGGACCUGGAGCGGGCCGUGACUGAGCUGACGGUCAUCCAGCGGGACGUGCAGGCCAUCCUGCCCCUGGCCAUGGACACAGAGAUCAUCAACACAGCCAUCCUGACGGGCCGGACAGUGGCCAUCCCUGUCAAGGUCAUCGCCAUCGAGGUGACUGGCCUUGUUCUAGAUGUCUCUGCCCUGGUGGAAUGCGAAUCUGAUAAUGAGGACAUCAUCAAGGUAUCCAGCAGCUGUGACUAUGUGUUUGUUAGCGGAAAGGAAUCCCGCGGGUCCAUGAACGCCAGGGUCACCUUCCGCUACGACGUCCUCAACGCCCCCCUGGAAAUGACGGUCUGGGUGCCCAAGCUGCCCCUGCACAUCGAGCUGUCGGAUGCCCGCCUCAGCCAAGUGAAGGGCUGGAGGGUUCCUAUCCUUCCCGACCGGAGGUCAGCCCGGGAGAGUGAGGAUGAGGAGGAGGAGGAGGAGAGGCCCCAGAGUGCGAGUCGCGGCUGCACCUUGCAGUACCAGCACGCCACCCUGCAGGUUUUCACCCAGUUCCACACGACGUCAUCGGAGGGCACCGACCAGGUGGUCACCAUGCUGGGCCCGGACUGGCUGGUGGAAGUCACCGACCUGGUCAGCGACUUCAUGCGGGUGGGUGACCCCCGAGUGGCACGCAUGGUAGACAGCAGCACGCUGGCUGGGCUGGAGCCGGGCACCACUCCCUUCAAGGUGGUGUCCCCCCUGACGGAGUCCGUGCUCGGGGAGACACUGCUGACAGUGACGGAGGAGAAGGUCAGCAUCACACAGCUGCAGGCCCAGGUGGUGGCCAGCCUCGCCCUCUCCCUGCGACCCAGCCCUGGGAGCAGCCACACCAUCCUGGCCACCGCCGCCGCCCAGCAGACCCUCAGCUUCCUCAAGCAGGAAGCCCUCCUGAGCCUUUGGCUCUCCUACAGCGAUGGCACCACGGCCCCACUCUCCCUCUACAGCCCCCGGGACUACGGGCUGCUGGUGAGCAGUCUGGACGAGCGCGUGGCCACGGUGACCCAGGACCGGGCCUUUCCACUGGUGGUGGCGGAAGCCGAGGGGGCCGGGGAGCUGCUCCGCGCGGAGCUCACCAUCGCCGAGAGCUGCCAGAAGACCAAGCGCAAGAGUGUGCUGGCCACGACCCCCGUGGGCCUGCGGGUGCACUUUGGGCGGGACGAGGAGGAUCCCACCUACGACUACCCGGGCCCCAGCCAGCCAGGGCCUGGCGGGGGCGAGGACGAGGCCCGGGGAGCUGGCCCGCCAGGCACGGCGGGACCCCGACCUGAGGCCGCGGGCCCUGGCACUGCCAGCUCGGCUGUGCCACCCACGGAAGACUUCCUGCCGCUGCCCACCGGCUUCCUGCAGAUGCCCCGGGGGCUGACGGACCUGGAGAUCGGCAUGUACGCACUGCUGGGCGUCUUCUGCCUGGCCAUCCUCGUCUUCCUCAUCAACUGCAUCGUCUUCGUGCUGCGCUACCGGCACAAGCGCAUCCCGCCCGAGGGCCAGACCAGCAUGGACCACUCUCACCACUGGGUGUUCCUGGGCAACGGGCAGCCGCUGCGGGUGCAGGGGGAGCUGUCGCCGCCCGCCAGCAACCCGAUGGAGACCGUGCCCGCCUGCUGCCACGGUGACCACCACAGCAGCGGCAGCUCGCAGACCAGCGUCCAGAGUCAGGUGCACGGGCGGGGCGACGGCUCCUCGGGCGGCUCGGCCCGGGACCAGGCCGAGGACCCCGCCAGCUCGCCCACCUCCAAGCGCAAGCGGGUCAAGUUCACCACCUUCACCACUCUGCCCUCGGAGGAGCUGGCCUAUGACUCGGUGCCCGCCGGCGAAGAGGACGAGGAAGACGAAGAGGACCUGGGCUGGGGCUGCCCGGAUGUGACGGGCACCACGCGGCCCGCCCCGCCUCCUGACCUGCACAAUUACAUGCGCAGAAUCAAAGAGAUUGCGUAGAGGUGCGGUCCCGACUCCCCCCGCCCCAUCAGGGCAGGGUGGGCUCUGUGUGAUUCUCAGCCGCUGCUCACAUGUGAUGUGGGCCGGAGCGAGUGGAUUUUAUAGUCCGGCCCCUGCAGCUUUGCUCCUCCGGGGUGGGAGGGGCCGCCCCCCGCACCGCGGUGGUCCUUCCUCCCCGCCUUAUCCUCACCCUCCUCUGCCCCCAAAGGUGGAGGCGCCUUCCUCCUGGAGCUGGCUACGAGGAAAGCAAUCCCAGCCCUCCUUCUCCCCUUUCCAAUCCUCCUCCCAUCUUAGACAACCCCUCUGCCCCAAGUGGGGGGCAUGGAAGUCAAGCUUGGGCCGAGGGCCCCGCCCCCCUUGUCUCCUGCUUCCCCCAUGCAGGGGGGCGGGGCGGGGGGCGCGGUACUGGGGGGAGCCUUGUGUUACAAGCUGCACAAAGACUUUUCUCAAACCACUAUUCAGGGAUUUCUGUCCUGCAGGGUGGGGAGGCAGCGGCUGCCUGCCCUGCCAAGGAUCUUGCUGUGGAUAAAACAUUUGGGGGGGGAGCAGGGAAUAUUUGUAGCAUCUGCUGGCUUCCGGGUGUCCCCCUCCCCAGUCCCUCCCUAAGAUCCGGGAGCUGACUCUAUAGAGAAGGCUGGGGUCAAGCCAGGCGCCUCUCUGAGAUCUCAGGACUCCAUCCUCUGCCCCCAAGGGCUGUGGGCAGGCCCUCAGGGGGAGGAGUCGUGGGUCCACCCCAGAGCACUGUGGUCUGGGCGCCCAGGAGCCCUGGGUGCCUCCCGCCCACCCCUCAGCAAGAUCAACACCACGCCUUAGCCGCCCCUCCCGCUCCGCCCACCCCUCCUUCCUCUCUGCGGGGGUGGCCACCCACUCCCCCACUGGGCGGCGUCCCGUGGGAGGGGGCGAGGGCACCAGGCAACUGCUGGGAAGGACUGUGGGAUGAGCAAGGCAGAGGGAGCCGCGGCUCCCUGACCCCGUCCCACGGCCGCCCUUCUCUCGGGUUCUACCCACCACUGUGUCAGAUUUUUCUUAAAUAAACGGAGGCAACAAGACUAGGGGUGGGGCAACAGCUCCCGGAGAACAGACA